CCAACUGUCAUGGCAGCUCCUAGCUGUAAAGUGUAGCUCCCUCUGUCUGUCUUCCUAAACAUUUCUGCCUCCUUAAGUUUCUGUAAACAUGAGGUAUCUCCUCGGACUCUGCCGCUCGUCCGUCCGCCUCCAUGUCCGCUCAUGUCACCAGAGCAUUUAUAGCAGACACUCCAACCCACGGAGAGUGGGAGUGGACCUUGGAGAGAAGAGACUUGAAAUCUCUUCUGGGCUGUUGGCCAGAUUUGCUGAUGGAUCUGCUGUAGUGCAGCUGGGAGAAACCUCUGUGAUGGUGACUGCUGUCAGCAAAACCAAACCUUCACCAUCUCAGUUCAUGCCACUUGUUGUGGACUACAGACAGAAAGCAGCUGCUGCAGGUCGAAUCCCCACCAACUAUCUGAGACGAGAGCUUGGCACCACAGACAAUGAGAUCCUCACCAGCAGACUCAUUGAUCGCUCGAUCAGACCACUUUUUCCUGCUGGAUACUUUUAUGACACUCAGGUCCUUUGUAACCUGCUUGCAGUUGAUGGCGUCAAUGAUCCAGAUGUGCUUGCAAUUAAUGCAGCCUCUGCUGCCCUGGCUCUGUCUGACAUCCCCUGGCAUGGACCCAUAGGUGCUGUUAGAGUGGGAAUGGUUAAUGGAGAGUUACUGGUUAACCCCACCAGGGCAGAGAUGGCAUCAAGCAGUCUUAACCUGGUUGUGGCCGGAGCUCCCAGCAGUCAAGUGGUGAUGAUCGAGGCGUCUGCUGAGAAUGUGCUGCAGCAAGACUUCUGCCAUGCAGUGAAGGUUGGAGUUAAACAUACCCAGCAGAUCAUACACGCCAUCCAGCAGAUGGUGCGGGAACAGAAGGUCACCAAGCGCACUCCUACAAAGAUGUUCUCAGUCCCUACAGAGAUGGUGGAACAUGUGCGCCGAUUAUCAUCUGAGAGGAUUUAUGCAGUUUUUACAGAUUACGCACAUGAUAAGAUUUCAAGAGAUGAAGCGAUCAAUAAAGUUCGAUUAGAAACUGAAGAGGAGCUAAAAGAGAAAUUCCCGCAGGCUGAGCCCUUUGAAGUCAUUGAAUCCUUCAACGCUGUGACUAAAGAGAUCUUUCGGGAUUUAGUACUUAACGAGUACAGGAGGUGCGAUGGGAGGGAGCUGACGGCUUUAAGGAAAAUUUCCUGUGAUGUUGACCUCUUCAAGCCGCUCCACGGCUCUGCUCUGUUUCAGAGAGGACAAACGCAGGUUUCCUGCUGUGCGGUAUUUAGAGCUAAUUAUAUCAUGUGUGUGUUGUCAGGUGUUCCCAUCUCCUCUGCAGUGGCAGGUGUCGCCAUCGGUCUCAUCUCCAAAGCUAAUCCAGACAAACCAACGGAGAUCGAAGACUACAGACUGCUGACUGAUAUUCUGGGAAUAGAGGAUUAUCUUGGAGACAUGGACUUCAAACUAGCAGGAACAAACAAGGGCAUCACUGCUUUACAGGCUGAUGUGAAGAUUCCAGGUUUACCUCUAAAGGUAGUCAUGGAGGCGAUUCAGCAGGCCACAGUGGCAAAGAGAGAAAUCUUGGGCAUUAUGAACCAAUGUAUAGCAAAACCCAGAGAGAGGAGAAAAGAAAACGGACCUGUUGUUGAAAAUGUGCGGGUGCCUGUGUCUAAAAGAGCUCGUUUUGUUGGUCCAGGAGGGUAUAACCUUCGUAAGCUUCAAGCACAGACAGGUGUCACAAUAAGUCAGGUGGAUGAGGAGACUUUUUCCGUCUUUGCCCCGACACCGGGGGCAAUGAACGAAGCCCAAGACUUCAUCAAAGAGAUCUGCAAAGACGAUCAAGACCAUCAGUUGGAGUUUGGGGCUGUUUACACUGCCACAAUUACAGAAAUAAGGGACAUUGGUGUCAUGGUCAAACUUUAUCCCAACAUGAGUCCAGUCCUGCUGCACAAUUCCCAGUUGGACCACAAACGGAUCAAGCAUCCAAGUGCUUUAGGACUAGAGGUGGGACAGGAGAUACAGGUGAAAUACUUUGGACGGGAUCCAACAGAUGGAAGAAUGAGACUCUCUCGGAAGGUGCUCCAGUCUCCUGCUGCCACUGUUGUAAAGACAUUGAGUGAGAAGCAGAGUAUCACCAUGGGUUCCAGCAGCAUCCACAGGGACGGCAGUGAUUCAUGACCUGGUGCCACUGCAGGGUUUUUAUAGGAAAUAUGGAUUCACACUGUGAUGCUGUUCAUGUAAAAAAAAAAAACAGAGCUUCUUUCUGUGAACUCAAAAAAAAGACUGCAGAGUGUGAAGAUGACAGGUGCUGAUUUACAAAACAAGCAACCUGGCGACAAUCUGCCUCAGAACGAGUCUAAACUUAAAGAGAAGUCUUGCUUCCCUUUUAGAAGAUGGUGUCCUUAUAGUGAUCUUUUUGUAUUUUCUCACUGCAUGAAACCAUUCAGAGAUCUGUUCCCCCUCAUCACAGACAAACAUCAUUUCCAUUGUUCACACCUGAGUUACAAUAAUGGCUCUUCUUGCUUGGGAUCUUCAUAUUUAAUAUCCAAGUUUCUGAUGUGCUCUUAAAGGGUGUUCGGAUGAAAGCAGUGAUGCAACCAUGUGGAAGACGUAGCAGAGGCAUUUGUCCUGUUAUGUUUAUAGUUUGUUAGUAAUCUGUAAAUAAAAAGUUUGCAGGUUCUUUAAUAGUACGAUAUAUACUGUGAUUUUUUUUAUUGUAU